CGAGGCUGUCUAUUCUGGGAUGCAGUUUCUGAUGGCCAAUCCAUUAAGGAAGACUUGUUCUCUGGGAUUCCUCUGAGGAUUACCCUUACCCUUGCCCUGCCCUGCUGCCAUUUGUUCUCUUGACUGAGAUUUUUCCAAAAUGGCGGUAGCUGUCGAUCAGCAUCGUGGAUUUAGGCCACCGAGCCGACCUCAGAGAUGCAAACUACAGUCCUUCACUCAUCUCGACUUCACCGUAAUUGAUCUCGGCCAAACCCAUCUGGCCCGUUCCUCGGACCCAGCAUUUGAUAUUGCUAAUUUCCACCGAUGCUUCUCCACCCCUUGCCUGUCCUUGACCACCCAAAUGGAAGAAGACUUUGAUAGGAAUCCGCGAAUUGAGAUUCUUGGUGGCUGCAGGGCCUUCAGAGCUCGCGCUCUAGUUGUAGAGGUUGCCAUAGCAAUGGCUUCUGGUGUCAAUCCUGUGCCAGUGUCGAGUGGACUCGGCGGAGCAUACUACAUGCGUGGCAGAGAUGGGCAUGACAUUGCCGUGGCAAAGCCUGUUGACGAAGAACCUCUAGCUUUCAACAAUCCUAAAGGCUUCAGGGGUCUGAUGCUAGGCCAACCUGGCAUGAAACGAUCCGUAUGUGUCGGUGAAAGCGGCAUUCGAGAACUGGCUGCAUACAUUCUCGACCAUGGCGGAUUUUCCGGUGUUCCUCCAACUGCUUUGGUGAAGAUCUCUCACGUUUUUAAUGAAAAUGAUGCGUCGCCAACAUCAUCAGCACCUUACAAGAUCGCAUCGCUGCAACGCUUUGUGGAUCAUGAUUUCGAUGCUGGAGAAUUGGGUCCCUCUAGCUUCUCAGUAGCAUCGGUUCAUAGGAUUGGGAUCUUGGACUUGAGAAUGCUAAAUCUUGACAGGCACGCAGGAAACAUUCUGGUUAAGAAACAUCUAAAUGAAAUUACUGCCGCUGGGUCACUGGAACUUGUGCCGAUAGAUCAUGGCCUUUGCCUACCUGAGUUCCUUGAGGAUCCUUAUUUUGAAUGGCUGCACUGGCCUCAAGCCUCUGUUCCUUUUUCCGAUUUAGAAGGAGAAUACAUAUCCAACUUAGACCCCUUUAAGGAUGCUGAGCUAUUGAGGACCGAGGUUCCUUCUCUGAAGGAGUCCUCUGUCCGGGUUCUCAUCCUAUGCACCAUCUUUCUAAAACACACUGCGGCUGCUGGCUUCUGUCUUGCAGAUAUAGGCGAGAUGAUGACUCGCCAGUUUUCUUGUGGGCAGGAGAAUCUCAGUUUAUUGGAGGAGCUGUGCGUUCAAUCCAAGGCUAGCAUGCUGAUGACUUCAGGCGAUGAAGUGCCUGAUGACGAAACCAACGAAGAAAACGACCUCGAAGUUACUCAGUUCGACAUGGAAAACGGAGAUGACAUGGAGGAGGACUCGGACCUCCCUGAGACGGCUAGGCCGCAUAAAGUUCCCAGGUUUUUAUCCGUCAAGUCAAUGUCCGGGCUGCCUGACACGUUAUUAUCUCCACAAGGGUUGGAAAACGACCCCCUUAUUUGCGACUACGAGUCAUAUGCGAUAGAAGACGAUGAGGGUGAAAAUCGUGACGCUGCCAUCAAUGGUCACAAGAUGGGGGUUUUCAACCGGAGCAUGAGUUUUGCAGUGCAACAACACGUCAAUGAGGGCGAGGGGAUCUCUUUCGGAGACAUGAGCGAAGACGAGUGGGUUCUGUUCCUCGAAAUCUUCGAGAAGCUCUUGCCCGCGGUCAUCGAGAACGCUAGAUGCAACGGCUUGAAGCAGAGGUUGGGAACUUCUUGCGACUUCUGAGGAUUCUCCAAAGCGAUAGACGAUCAAAGAUCAGCAAAAGGAUAAAAAGAAAACCGGGCACGAUCGCUUGUAAUUACUGUGGAUUAAUUUUCCUUUCAUGUUUCCCAAAUGACAUGCUAGUGUAGAUUUGUAGAUAAUGACCGAUCGGGCCGACGUGAGAGGAAAAGUGAUCGGCAAGUUGCCGUCCUUUCCUUUUUCGACUGUCGCCUGUUUUUCUCCUCCGUUUGUACUAUCACCAUGCAAAUGGAUAAGUGUGUAUGUAUUGUGAAUAAGCUCAUUGCCCCAUUUAUAUCAA